CUGGUAACCGUUCGAGGCGGUCCUGGCUGCCGCGGUGCGUGAGGCAGAGGCCGCCGCGAUCUGUGGGCCGGAGCCCACGCCGGGCCCUUUCUGACUGUUCUGGGAUGGCAUCCGCCGCGGCAGUCGUCACGCCGUCGGGUUUAGAGGAUGGGGUGUCUCGGUCCCGCGGUGAAGGGGCGGGGGAGGUAGUCGUGGAGCGGGGCCCCGGCGCGGCCUACCACAUGUUCGUGGUGAUGGAGGACUUGGUGGAGAAGCUGAAGCUGCUCCGCUAUGAGGAGGAGCUCCUCCGGAAAAACAACCUGAAGCCCCCGUCCAGACACUAUUUUGCAUUGCCUACCAACCCUGGUGAACAGUUCUACAUGUUUUGCACUCUUGCCGCUUGGUUGAUUAACAAAGCAGGACGUCCCUUUGAACAGCCUCAAGAAUAUGAUGACCCUAAUGCAACAAUAUCUAACAUAUUAUCUGAGCUUCGCUCAUUUGGGAGAACUGCAGAUUUUCCUCCUUCAAAAUUAAAGUCAGGUUAUGGAGAGCAUGUAUGCUAUGUUCUUGACUGUUUAGCUGAAGAAGCAUUAAAAUACAUUGGUUUUACCUGGAAAAGGCCAACAUACCCAGUGGAAGAAUUAGAAGAAGAAACUGUUCCAGAAAAUGAUGCAGAAUUAACAUUAAAUAAAGUAGAUGAAGAAUUUGUGGAAGAGGAGACAGACAAUGAAGAAAACUUUAUUGAUCUCAACGUUCUAAAGGCCCAGACCUAUCAGUUGGAUAUGAACGAGUCUGCCAAGCAAGAAGAUAUUUUGGAAUCCACAACAGAUGCUGCAGAAUGGAGUCUAGAAGUGGAACGUGUACUACCACAACUGAAAGUCACGAUUAGGACUGACAAUAAGGAUUGGAGAAUCCAUGUUGACCAAAUGCACCAGCACAAAAGUGGAAUUGAAUCUGCUUUAAAGGAGACCAAGGGAUUUUUGGACAAACUCCACAAUGAAAUCAGUCGGACUCUGGAAAAGAUUGGCAGCCGAGAAAAGUACAUCAACAAUCAACUCGAGCACCUGGUUCAAGAAUAUCGUGCAGCUCAAGCCCAGCUAAGUGAGGCAAAGGAGCGAUAUCAGCAGGGCAAUGGUGGAGUAACGGAAAGGACCAGACUUCUGUCUGAGGUAACAGAAGAAUUAGAAAAGGUAAAACAAGAAAUGGAAGAAAAGGGCAGUAGUAUGACCGAUGGUGGAAUCCUUGAUUUCUUUGGGAGCUGAGGAGCAGGGCAAAAAAUCUCAUCCAAUCCUCACAUUCCAAUUCUACGGAGUCAAGAAUUCAGCAAAAGGAGCAAAUGGAGGAUCAAAGCGCAGUAUCGGCUUUACCAGCAGUAAAGCUGGAUUGGAUAACACUGCACCAUCCAAGCAUGCUAUCAGCUUCAUGUAAUGGGCCAGAGAACACAGCGCACUUAGUUAAACUGCGCAGGAAAGAACAGCCUGGACCUACUACGUCUCUGCCCCAUGUCAGCAACCAAGGACACACUGGACAAUUGCUUAUUUGUUAGCUACAAGCGGUGAAACAACAAGAAACUUUGCUGGACAAACCAGUGACUCUGAGAGACCAAGAGAAAAGGAACAAAGACCAGUGACACUUAACUUUCCCAGCAAAGAAAUGCAGUCAAGGAGGAGUCUUGCUUUCCCUAAUCCACCAAUCAGGUAAACUGUCUUCCUCUCAAGAGAAGAACUAAAUAGGGGAGAAAAGCUGGGUGAUAGCCCCUUUCCCAAGGAAGCUUCUGACCAUUCUAGAUGCAUGUGGACAAAUUAUUAUUUUCCUUAUUUCUUUUUUUUUAAAAGAUUUAUUUAUACAAGAACUGAGGUACAGACCAGAUGCAGAGGCUGCGGACAGCCUCACAGUGCGGCGCUCAAACCCCCUGCGCCACCAGGGAGGCCCCUAUUUUCCUUAUUUCUUCAACGGAAACAGUAUGCAAAGUUUCCUCCCUUUCAUAUCAAGCAAUGGUUAUAGACGACCCAGAAAUCCAUGGAUGGAAAGGGCUUUAUUGAGGUAAAUUAUUCAUGUUCACCAUUUUGGUGAUUAUUAACCCUGUUUUUCAACUGGUAGCAAAGGAUUUCUAGAGAUCAGCUAAUUCAGUCUUUCUGAAGAAGCUGAUACAGUUGGUUGUAAAUGUGUUUUGCUUCACAGACAAUAGUACUGUGAUGGAGUGGUUAGUCCGUGAGUCUGUGAAUAAAUGAAUAAAUCACACACCUGUUAAAUUGUGUG